AUGCCUAUAGACUACUGCGUGGAAAGUUCCAAAGAGAAAGAAAAGUCUGUGAACUUGCAGCAGCCCUGGAAAAAUGGGAGCAACAAAACUUUAAAAAGCACAGCUUUGGACACACUCCAUGUGUCUGCACAGCUUUCAAGUGAACUAGCACUUAAGACCUUGUGUAAUAAGAUGGACUCUGGGGACACAGCUAUAGGACAAAAAGCUACCUCAAGGUCUGGAGAAACUGCUAAAGUACCAAGCAGAUGGAGGCAAGAACAUACAGCUGUUAUUAAGAUGAGCACUUUUGGCAAUCAAGAAGUACAGAGGCAACCACAAGUAGAUCACGAGCAAAUAGGAAACACGGCAUCAGCACAACUUUUUAGUUCUGGGAAACUGGUAUCAUCAAAUGAAGCUGCACAGCAAGUCACAGAGAAGCAAUAUCCACAGCAUCGUCCAAGUCCUUAUUCAUGUCAACAUUCACUUUCUUUCCCACAGCAUUCAUUGCCACAAGGCUUCUUGCACAACAUAAAGCCACAUCAGAGCUUGGAAGGCCCUCCGUGGCAGUUUCCUAGCCACUUGCAAUCAGUUGCCUCAGAGGACUUGUUUCCUUUUCAUAUGCAUAGCCAUAGCGGAGGUUUCUCCAGGAAGAAGAUUUCAAGUUUGAACCCUGCAUACAGCCAAUAUUCACAAAAAUCUUUAGAACAAUCAGAAGAUGCUCACAAAAAGGAGCACAAACCCAAAAAGCCUGGCAAAUACAUUUGUCCUUACUGUAAUCGGGCCUGUGCCAAACCUAGUGUACUUAAAAAGCAUAUUAGGUCUCAUACUGGUGAGCGACCAUACCCUUGUGUUCCUUGUGGUUUCUCCUUCAAGACGAAAAGCAACCUUUACAAACACAGGAAGUCACAUGCCCAUGCAAUUAAGGCGGGAUUGGUUCCUUUCACAGAGUCAGCAGUCUCUAAAUUGGAUCUCGAUGCCAGUUACAUUGAUGUGGAAGCUGAAAUACAUUCAGAUGGUGAGCAGAGCACAGACACUGAUGAGGAGACCUCGCUCCUAGUGGAAGGGUCUGACAAACUGAGCCCUGUUUCGCAGCUCCCCUUGGACAUUGCUAGCAGGAGUGGUUUUCACUCCUCCAUGGAAGAGUCUUUGGUGGGGCCGAUGAAAGUGCCCAUUUUGAUUAUCCCUAAAAGUGGGAUUCAGUUACCCAGUGAGAGUUCUUCAUAUAUUGGCUCUGAUAUGUUGCAAACCCCAUCCUUAAGUACCAAGUCUGAUGACUCUCAUACAGUUAAACAGCGACUUGCACUAAGAUUGUCAGAGAAAAAAGGACAAGAUUCUGAGCAGUCACUAAACCUUCUGAGCCCACACAGUAAAGGAAGCACUGACUCUGGUUAUUUUUCCCGCUCAGAAAGUGCUGAGCAGCAAAUUAGCCCACCAAAUACUAAUGCAAAGUCUUAUGAAGAGAUAAUUUUUGGGAAGUUCUAUAGGAUUAAUCAAAGGACAGCACUAACUGUAGCCACAACAAAUCAGGAACACACUUUAAUGGGUAGAAAGGGCAAAACGGACCCAUCACCUCUUCUAAAUAACAGAUUAGAUAUCAAGAUGCUUGAGGAACAUAUUUCUCAGCUGACUCCAAAUAAAGAUGAACUUGUUGAUUCUACUAAUUUGAGCACUAUUAAAUCUGCACAGGUUUAUCCAGGCAGCAAUACAGAAUGUAGACAAUCCCAGAUCACCACAUCAUCUAUCAAAAGUGAAACCAACUUGUACCAAGUCAGUCAGCAGGGUGAUGUGUCUGUCCUUCUAGAGCCCCCAGUAGAUUCCUCUCCUCUUAUUAGAAGUAACUCCAUGCCAACCUCUUCUGCAAACAGCCUAAGUAUUCCUCCAUCUCUGAGAGGAAGCCAUUCAUUUGAUGAGAAGAUGACUGGCUCUGAUGAUGUAUUUUACCCUGGGACAGUGGGAAUAUCCCACCAAAGAAUGUUGAGAAGACAGGCUGCCUUUGAAUUGCCGUCUGUACAGGAGGGGCACUCAGAUUCAGACUAUCAUGGAAGACCAGGGAAAAAUAUCAUUACUGCUUCCAGCAGACAGACAGCAGGUGACAAAGGACCAUCCUUAAAAGAGAAGAAAGGAGACAAGACCUUUUAUGAUUAUGAUGCCAGUGGAAAGCACUACAGAAAGUGGGAAGAAUUUGAAGCUCAGAAGCAGAACUACAGGGACUCACCAUCCUUAGGUGGGAUGAACAAGGGGGGAGAGUUUUUUAUUGAUCCACUUGGGCAAUCUCAGUCAGUGCCAUCCAUGCUUGGAACAACUUUUGAAAACAGAAAGCGUAGGAAAGAGGAGAGUGUUGGAGAUGAGGAAGAUAGUCCCAUGCUUUGCAGCAGUACACCUGGCACCACUGGGGGGAUUCAACCUUUAGACUUUGAUCCCAAAUCCCAAAUUCAGGAAGUGCCAAGAAGCGGAUUUGCCCUUCAAGGCCUGGACAAUGCACCCCAUUGCCAUGCGGAGCGUUUUGAAAUCUGCAGGCCUUACUUGCAGUCUGGAAGCCCAGCAGCUUCUUUGGAAGAUUCAUCCUUAACUGCAGAGCAAGAAAAGACUGCAGAAUCACUGUUUAGAAAGCCCCCUGGAAAUGUCAUCUCUGUCAUUCAGCAUACAAAUUCAUUGAGUAGGCCAAACUCAUUUGAAAGGUCUGAAUCUACAGAACAUAUUGCAUGCCAGCAGGAAAAGAUCUAUUCACCAUCUGAAACAUGUGAGAGCGAGAUUUGUGAGUCCCCAAUGAGCCCAGACCGAGCUCCACAAAUGGAAAGUGCUGACACCAGUAAGCCGUCUCCAUCCCAGCAGCCUCAGCCGUGUCAUAUGCAGCCCAGGUUGGUUCGCCAGCACAACAUACAGGUACCUGAAAUUCGUGUCACAGAGGAGCCAGAUAAGCCUGAAAAAGAUAAAGAAGUGCAGAGUAAAGACCAGGAGAGACCCACUGAAGAAUUUCAAUGGCCCCAGAGAAGUGAAACCCUUUCUCAACUUCCAGCUGAAAAGCUACCACCCAAAAAGAAGCGUUUACGACUUGCUGACAUGGAGCACUCCUCUGGAGAAUCCAGCUUUGAGUCCACAGGUACAAGCCUCUCUCGCAGCCCUAGCCAAGAAAGUAAUUUGUCCCACAGUUCGAGUUUUUCAAUGUCCUUUGAAAGAGAAGAGAAUAUGAAGUUCAUCACACCUCCUAAACAAGAUGAAUUUGGAAAACAGUCCGAGUUUUUAACAGUUCCAGCUGGUGCUUACUCACUUUCUGUCCCUGGGCAUCACCAUCAGAGGGAAAUGAGACGCUGCUCAUCUGAACAGAUGCCCUGCCCUCAUGCUGCUGAAAUCCCAGAGAUCCGAAGUAAAUCCUUUGAUUAUGGGAACCUGUCUCAUGCCUCUUCAGCUGGGACACCUACUUUGGCACUGUCUCCAUCCCGAGAAAGGAAGAAAUGCUUCUUGGUUCGCCAGGCUUCCUUCAGUGGUUUUCCAGAGAUUUCUCAGACUGAUCAGAGCACAGAACAAAGUAUAAAGCAGGAACAGAUGGAACACUCACAGGCUGGUCUUCGCUCCUCCCAGCUUGCCUGGCAUCACUCCCCUUCCUCUGUACUUCAGCCUAUUCAGGUAGAUGACUCUGGAAAACAGGCUAUUGGCUCUUGUGCUCAGCUUAGUAAUAGCUCAUCCCACCUUGCUCAGCAACAGGCUCUUGUUGCAGACAGCCCGGAAAUGUUAAGGACUCCCUUAAUCCAACAAGCACCUUAUAUUCCUAACAAACAUCCAUCAGAGCAGCAGCAGCAGCUAUUUGCACAUCAGGAAAAAGUCCCAUUCUCCCCUAUUCAUAGCACCUUAUUUCAGUUUCCCUAUCCAGCUGUCUGCAUGGUUCACCUACCACCAUCUCAGCAGCCUCUCUUGUGGCAGUCAUGCACAGAACCUCUGAACUUCCAGCAUCAAUUUGUACAACAGCUGCAGAAAUCUUAUGUCAAACAGCCUUUCCAAACAGACAUUCAUCCAAGUUAUCACCUGGAACAUGCACCAGAGCUUAUAGGAAAGAAAGCAGCUGAUUAUAUGCACGCUAAAGAGCAAGCAUACCAGCAUUACUCAGGAACAUCUGGGCAGUAUUCAAAAAAUACUCUUGCUAAGUACCAGUCAGACCAUAGCAUUAAACCAACAGAUACCUCCUCUGAGCAGCAUCUUCAGACAGAUUUUGACUCCCCAAGUGAUGGAUCUGUACAGUCUUUGCCAGGAACAGUUGUUCCUGUCAGGAUUCAAACCCAUGUGCCAUCUUAUGGUAGUGUCAUGUACACAAGCAUUUCCCAGAUCCUUGGACAGAGCAACAGUCCUGCAAUUGUAAUUUGUAAAGUUGAUGAGACAGUUUCUCAAAGAACAUUGGUAACUAAUGCAACCAUGCAAGGAAUUGGAUUUAACAUAGCUCAGAUGCUGGGUCAGCAUGGAGGACUAGAAAAAUAUCCUUUGUGGAAAAUGCCACAGACGCUACCACUUGGACUGGAGCCACCGAUUCCCUUGUGUUUGCCUUCGAGUUCUGACAUGGCUUCUACCUUGGGAGGAAGCAAACGAAUGCUUUCACCUGCCAGCAGCUUGGAGCUCUUCAUGGAGACCAAGCAGCAGAAACGAGUCAAAGAAGAAAAAAUGUAUGGGCAGAUAGUUGAGGAACUAAGUGCAGUUGAGUUAACUAACUCAGAUAUAAAGAAAGAUUUUCCAAGAAUGCAGAAGCCUCAACUAGUAAGGCAGAGCUGUGCUACCGAGCCAAAAGAAAGUCUGCCAUCCAUGUCAUCCUCUUCUUCACUGUCAUCCUCAUCAUCUCAAGAUUUCCCACCUGUCAGCAUGCCAGAAGCUGAUGCUUUCCCACUGAGCAGAGAGAAACUUUCCAGUUUUGAUUCCACAUCACCGGCACAGAAGUCCAGUGUCCCAUCUGAAGGGAGAGACUCACCAGAAGAACUGGACGUGGAUGAAACAGCCUCAGAUAUGAGCAUGAGUCCACAGAGGUCUUCAUUGCCACCAGGAGAAAUUCAGACAGAAGACCAGCUGAAACAUCAAAAAUUGCCUCUUGGGAUGUUAGUCCAGAUGUCAUCUAAUGCUGUUGGGAAAGUCACAGCCUCAACUAUCCUCCUGACAGACGUAGCAGAUUUCCAGCAGAUCCUUCAGUUCCCAAGUCUGCGUACUACUACUACUGUGAGCUGGUGUUUCUUAAACUAUACAAAACCAAAUUACACUCAGCAACCAACCCUCAAAGCUUCUGUUUAUGCUUCGUGGUGUAUAAGUUCAUGUAACCCAAACCCAUCUGGGUUAAGUACAAAGACCACUUUAGCACUUUUAAGGUCCAAGCAAAAAAACACCACGGAAAUCUACACUCUGGCUGCUAUGCAUAGACCCGGAGCUGGUAAACUGACAUCAUCAAGUGCAUGGAAGCAGUUUGCUCAGAUGAAACACGAGCCAUUCUUCUUGUUUGGCAGCAAGCUUGAAAAGAAAGUAGUGGGGAAUAUUAUUAAAGAAAGAGUAAAAGGAGACAUUCAUGGAGAUAAAGACAUUACAUCCAAACAAACUGAGCCGAUACGAAUUAAAAUCUUUGAAGGAGGGUAUAAAUCAAAUGAGGAUUAUGUCUAUGUCAGAGGUCGUGGCCGAGGAAAGUACAUUUGUGAAGAAUGUGGCAUUCGCUGCAAAAAGCCAAGCAUGCUCAAAAAACAUAUCCGCACUCAUACUGAUGUCCGGCCUUACGUAUGCAAGUUGUGCAACUUUGCCUUCAAAACUAAAGGAAAUCUGACAAAACAUAUGAAGUCUAAAGCACACAUGAAAAAAUGCCUGGAGCUUGGAGUAUCAAUGACAUCUGUAGAUGAUGCUGAAACUGAAGAAGCAGAAAACAUGGAGGACAUGCAGCAGGAGGCAGAGAAGAGCAGCAACCUGGCAGGCCUGUCAGCAGAGCACCAGUUUUCUGAUGCGGAGGAAUCAGAUGGCGAGGAUGGCGAUGACAAUGAUGAUGAUGAUGAAGAUGAGGAUGAUUUUGAUGAUACUCAGGGAGACUCGACACCAAAAACCAGAUCAAGAAGCACCAGCCCGCAGCCCCCUCGAUUCUCCUCCUUGUCCGUGAACUCAGCUGGGGCAUCACAGAGGGCUUCCCCCGAGGGCUCCCUUUCAGUGGGACACUCUUCCCUCAUCAGUUAUUUGGUCACCUUACCUAGCAUUCAGGUUACUCAGCUUAUAACACCAAGCGACUCCUGUGAAGAUACACAAAUGACAGAAUAUCAGAGGUUUUUCCAGAGUAAGAGUACAGAUUCAGAACCUGAUAAAGACAGAUUGGACAUACCUAGCUGCAUGGAUGAGGAUUACACACUUUGCUUAGACCCCAGUUCAUCUCCAAGGGACCUCUCACCUUCCAGUCGACAAUCGUCACCUGGCUAUGAUUCUUCACCCUACAGAGAUAACUCACCAAAGAGGUAUUUAAUGCCAAAAGGGGAUUUGUCACCCAGAAGGCAUCUGUCACCCCGAAGAGAUAUUUCGCCUAUGAGGCAUCUUUCCCCACGAAAGGAGGCUGUGCUGAGGAGAGAGUUAUCACCAAGACGGGAUGUGUCACCAAGACGUCACCUGUCACCAAGGAGACCAAUGUCACCAGGGAAAGAUACAUCUGUUCGAAGAGAUUUGUCUCCUAGGCGAGAGAGGAGAUAUAUGGCCUCAGUUAGAGCGGCAUCUCCCCGGAGGGGCUUAUACCAUAAUCCAGCACUGUCCAUGGGUCAAUAUUUACAGUCUGAAUCUAUUCCAGUGGGACAUUCAAGAAGGGGGUUGUCUCAGGCACCUUACUUCAACAUAUAUGGAGAAAAAGGAGGCAUGGAGCACCGCAGGUCUAGCCUGUUCCCUGAAGGUCCGAGUGACUAUGUCUUCAGUCAUCUUCCACUACACUCCCAGCAACAGAUCCGAGCACCUAUCCCCAUGAUGCCUAUUGGGGGUAUCCAGAUGGUCCACUCGGUACCCAUGGCCCUUUCAGGUUUACAUUCUCCGUCCACUUUGGCCCUGCAGAGGGAGAUCUCUGAGGAGAAGCAAAGAGGAACUGUGGAAACCCUUACAAAAGAAUCAUAUAGUAUUUCUAAGCACCAUGAGAAACGUACCUCUCCGCACAGCUUGCACCCCAGCACUCCCUCCAGCACGCCCUCCUCGCCGUUGCUGUUGCUGACACAGAGCACAUCGGAGGACAGUGUCGUGGCUACCGAGAGGGAGCAGGAGGAGAACAUACAGACUUGUACAAAAGCCAUAGCCUCUCUGCGAAUCGCCACAGAAGAAGCCGUUCUGCACGGGGCAGAGCAGCUGCAGAGGCCUUCUGAGCCUCACCAGAAACCCUUAGAAAGUGCACAUUUUAGCAUUAAACACUUUAGUGGAUCUGAGCCAGGCCAGACCUGUGCCUCAGCCACCCAUCCUGACUUGCACAGUGGUGAGCAGGACAGUUUUGGUACAUCACAGACUGUGUUAGCCCAUCCCACCUUUUACAGCAAGAGCUUUGUGGACAUCCGGCAGUUGGGCUUUCACAGCAGGAGCGACCCCCCAUCAAGCACACAGGAGAGAAAAGAUCUGUCAUCUGAGAAGAGCAAGCCACAUUGAUCUGAGAUGCAUGGAGACUUUCACCCAUACAUUUACACCACCAUUUUUUUUCCUAGAGAUAGAAGUAUUCAACUUUACAGCAUGCCUGUUCUAAGUUACAGUAGUUUGCUAUUAUAUAUACUUUUGUUAUAUCAAAAGAAUUAGAUAAAGUAACAAGUCAUCAUGAGCCUGACCAAAACUAAAUUUGAAAUUCUUAUUGGGUCUGGUACUUUUAAAUUGUACAGAUGUUUGUGCCUUUUCUUUACUUUGCUUAUAUUCUUAUAAGCAUUUUUUUAGCAGUAAUUUGUACAUAUUUUAGAAUUUGUGUAUCUGCUUUGUAAUAAAUGUAAUUUCUUUCCUUUUUUGGACACUUGGAUCUAAAUGAUGUAAAACAGAACAGCAUCAAUAUAUGUGAGGUUGCACUAAAACAUAUUUUUAUAUGAUUAAAACUGAACAGCUUUUAUGUACAGCUCUGAUUCUGUAAUACUAAUAUUUAUUUACUUUGUUUCAUAAAUUGUAAAUUUUUUUCUUAAUGUUGUGGAUUGCUUUUCUAUGUGAAGCAUGGGAUUUACUGUUGCGUAAUUAGAACAAAAUGUAUAUUGUAAAACAAGAUAUUUAAACUAGAGUAUCUUAUCUUAUUCUGCACUUAUGCAUUAGUUAAAAAAAAAAAGAUAAAGGAUGUAUCAGUCAGUUCUUAACUCUUGUAAUUUUUUUUUGUCUCUUGUUUGCCGGAUUGACUAUAACUUAAGUGCUGAUUGUGAUUUUAAACUGAUAGUACCGUAAAGCAUUAAAGUAAAACAAUGUGCUAUUGUGAGUUUUUUCAAAGCUUUAUAAAACAGUUAUAAAUAUAUUAAAAGUAUUUGGUCUUA